AUGGCCAUCUCGACCCCUGAACGCGACCGCGACCGCGAAGCGACAUCCUUGCCAACCGAGCUACUAGCACCACUGAAGAGGCGCGCAAGAAACACCACUAAGCAAAACGAAUACUACCGCAGGGGACCACUACAGCCAGACCUAUCAGCCGACGACUCCGACACUAUCCAGAUCGAAAGCAGCCAACCUAUCCGUCAAGCCAGGAAGAGCACCGCCACCAACAAAGAUCUACUUACCGCGUUAACCAAGAUCAUCCAGCAGCAGAAUGAAACGAUCCAGAACCUCGAACGCGAAACAAGAGAGAUUAGAAAGAACCAGCAAGCUAUUAUUGACCAUAAUGUGAAACUUAUUGACGAGAUCGCUGAACUGAAGACACGCGUCGAUGACCUCGUGGCAACAAACUCUAGUACGCGUACCUGGGCUGAGGUAGCGUCCACAAGCGCACCCGCAGGACUAAACGCUACAGCCGCGCCGCUAGCAAGCCAGCAGCACGCUAUUAGAACUAACCUCGCUUCUAUUGACGUGCCCAGCGUUACCGUAGACAUAUCUAGGGCAGAUGGCGAAAAUGGCAGAUUGUCAGCAGUGUCGGUUAGAUCAGCUGUUGAAAAAGAGAUGCGCACAAUGGAGAACUGA